AUGGCCGAUGACGAUAACGCCACCCGCGCUGCCGCUGUUGCCAAUGCUCUGACUGAGUUGAUUACCGACUUCAACGACCUCAACGGUGCCGCCAUUGAUGAGUUGUCCGAAGAGCCGAGUCCCUUGGAGUUUAUGCGAUACGUCGCCCGCAACACUCCGUUCGUUGUCAGGCAAGGCGCCCGAGACUGGAAAGCCACUCGCCGAUGGAGCCCUGCAUACCUGAACCAGGUUCUUGGCACGCGACCUGUCAACGUCGCUGUCACGCCCAAGGGCAAUGCCGACGCCCCAACAUUCUCUCCAACACACGGCACUCGUGUCAUCUCCAAGCCGCAUGAGGAAGAACAGCCUUUCAACGAAUUUCUCGAUCAUGUCAUUCGUCAAGAGACCGACACGGACUUCCCAAAGGAAGCCGAAGUUAGAUACGCUCAGAGUCAAAACGACAAUUUCCGUAAUGAGUACAUGUCGCUUUUCUCGGAUGCGCAAAAGGACAUUGCCUUUGCUCGCAUAGCUCUCCAGAAAGACCCUGAAGCCAUAAACAUGUGGAUAGGGAACUCACAGUCCGUCACGGCCCUUCACCGUGAUCCAAUGGAGAACAUAUACGUCCAGAUCAUCGGCCAGAAGCACUUUGUCCUCCUGUCGCCGUUGUGCCAUGCAUGUGUGAAUGAGAGGCUUCUUGCUCCCGCAACUUACUCGCGGUCUGAAGGAGGGUUCGAUCUGCGCAUUGACGAUGACUCUGAGCCUGUACCAUUGGCCACCUGGGAUCCCGAUGAUCCUCAGAUCAAUACCACCGAGUUCUCGCAUCUCGCUCAGCCGAUUCGCGUCACUUUAGAUCCGGGGGAUAUGAUGUACCUCCCGGCCAUGUGGUACCACAAAGUAAAGCAGUCGAGCACCGAGCAAGGCUGUGUCGUAGCCGUCAACUACUGGUGA